UGUGCUGUACGGUACUGCAAGGUAAAAUAUAAUCUCCCGUUACAGAAAUAGAUAUUUUAUUUAAUCCAGUAUCUGCUUAUGAAGCGGAUCAAAACAAUCCUCUCGUAAAACGUCGUCUGCUAUUCUUCACUCCAUUGUGACAUCAAAGAGCAAAAAUAAUGGAAAUAACUUGCACGCAAAAUGCAACUGUGCGGACACAAUGCAGACUUAGUGACGGUUAUUGUGACUGUACAAUAAAAAAGAAAUAUAAACAAUCGAAAACUCAAGAAGGAUAUUGUUUCAACAUAAUAACUUUAACAGUAACACUAUUAUUAUGUCUGCCAACGACAGUAAAUAGCCUAAAAGGCAAAACAUGUCCAUCUCAAUGCUCCUGCACUGUGGAAAGUAUUGUAUUUUGCAAUAAUAAAGGUUUGACAUCUACUCCAUUAGGAUUUACCUCUGCAGUGGAGAAGCUUUACCUUUUUAACAAUAACAUCACGACUAUUCCUCCAAGAAGUUUACAGCCAUUUAAGAAUUUGAAAAUUCUUGACAUAUCUGGGAAUCGAAUCUCAAAUUUCGCGUUAUGGAAGGGAAUUUUCAAUCGACUAACACAACUGGAAAACAUCAUGCUACAGGAUAACCAGAUAACAAAGAUAACGACUGAUCUGUUCAGAGGUCUCAAUAAUUUGGCAAGGAUUUACCUUCAAAACAACGAGAUAUCGUACAUCGAACCAGGAGCAUUCAGUAACCUCUCAAAUCUUGUCGAAUUAAAGUUACGAAAAAACAAGCUAAUGACGAUACCAAGAUUCGAAUAUUCUCCGAAUCUUCUUCUAUUAGAUCUUGGAUACAAUCGGUUCCGGCAGAUACCAGACAUGACGCUUUCAACGGUGAACGUCGAACAGCUUUUCUUGCAGAACAACCGACUAACCCAACUAAGGACUUCGAUAUUCGAUGAUACUAGCCAUCUCAGCCAUCUUGAUAUCAGCAGUAACAGACUGACAGCUGUACCCCAGUUUAUUAAGUCUCUCGUUGGAAUGCGGACCCUUAACAUGUCUUUGAAUACGAUCAAGACGAUUCCGCAAGAUACGUUCACGAAGCUGACAAAAUUAAAGGUUUUAGCCAUGCGUGGCAUGGCAUUGAAGUCACUACCAGAUGGCGUCAUACCACCUCGCGUUAUAUUGAAUGUAUUGGAUAUCACCGACAACGACUGGGAUUGUGGCUGUGACAUUAAGUGGAUGCCACAAUAUAUAAGGAUUUUUCGUCAAGCAUUUGUGCGGCCAGAAAGUCUGAAAUGUUCGUCGAGAUCUCGACUAAGAAACAGAGUCAUUGAAGAACUAACCGAAGACGAUUUUGACUGCUCGAAGACCAAUACACUGGUACCACCACUGGGUUCUGUAUCGCCACCCCCUGGAACACCGCCUACGACACCUAGUGUUACAAAAACACCAUGGUCCGUUAACCCGUGCGAUGUUUAUCCUUGCUUUCAUGGAGGAUCGUGUUAUUCUUCGAAGCGUUUGCCGAAAUGUCGUUGCACGAAAAAUUGGACCGGUUCACAAUGCCAACAAUCCCUUACAACACCGACUACGACGACUAGAACAACUACAGCAUCAUCGACUAUGCCGACUACAACAACAAAACAAGCACACCGACCUUCGCUUUUAAUUAACACAAAUUCAGUCACUGAAAAUUCAGUCGAAAUAAUACUCCCCAUAACAGAAAAAGAACUACUCGUCUCCAUUGCAGAAGUGGGGCAAAAACGGCCCCCAAAGGAGUUCAGCAUAACCCCAAAAGCGCACCCAUUUACAGUCAAGGGUCUUGAGCCAGGACGAUUUUAUAACAUCUGUAUUCAUCUACCGCUAGUGGGCAGUGGAAUGUCAUCUAAAACUAAGGAUACGUUAUGCGGUUCCGUGAAAACCUCCGGUCGACGGAUAUACCAAUCCUCAGUGUAUACUGAUAUUACGGUAGUCCCAAGUCCCGGUCUGGCAAGAGACGAAACUACAGGAAUACGCCAGCGUGAUAAGACUGAACCUGCGAUACCGGGAACAGGGGACAAAUUCCGGAGUGGUCUAAAUCCGGAGACGACUCCAACCGAAAGCACUGAGUUUCAAAUUUUGUUGCCAGCUGUUGGAGCGGGAAUCGGCGGUCUUGUAAUAGUAUCAUUACUAAUCUUAUUCUGUUACUGCUACAGACAAAAACGACUGAUAAAAAUGAAACAGCAAAACAACGGAGACUACACACCAGGCUCUCCGUUAGAAACGACACAGUCUGAUAUGGAAAUGUCUACCCAAGUACAUCACCAUGUACAUAACCACUACACAGCCACAGGUAUGGACCCAAACGGGAUACAAAGUUCUCCAAUAAAGCAAAAUACCCCGAAUACGAGACCAAGUAAUGCACAAAGCAGUAACUUCAUAAACAAUUCGAAUUCAAGAAUCAGCAUUCCAAAUAAACCAGGGUCACUGAGUGGCGCUAGUGAUUCGAGCGGAAGUGUACCCCGCUACGCAGAUUCGUCACUUCAAUACCCUCAUUCGCCAAGUUUUCUUCCUCCAUCACCCCCUUUACCGGUACAAAAUAUGAGCGGCAUUCCGCCGCAAGUUGGCGGAAGAGCUGCUGAUUAUCAAUACAGGAAUAACCAAAACAACAGCAAUAACUCCAGAGCUUCGUUUCCAAAUAACCACUGUGGAGCGCCAUUGAGGCGAUACGAAUACGAGCCAGAAAUAUUAGAUGACAUGCAACCGCUAGUAGGCGGUACAGGACAAUAUUACGGAGCAACUGAAGGACAAAUUUAUCCUGUCAAUCAAAGACACGGAACCACAUAUAUGGCCCCAUCGGGUCCUGUAGCAUUCCCACAAACGAACUCGAGGUCCGCUUUUCAGCCGAUUCAGAGCCCCCGGAACACUGUACGAACCCCCACUUCCGAAACUGCGCCAAUAAUAACUCACGCCGGCACUGGUCGAGUAAUUCCUUCGCAAGCUUGCUUUAAUAGGAAUAUUAUAAACGAUGGUUUGCCGAGGUAUCAUGAUGGAGUACAAGUAGUGUGAUUAUCCGGAAACUAAGUUUCCGCAAAAGUACGGGAUCAAAGGUCAUAGUGCAAAGUGCACUGAUGGAGACGAACGAAAAGGGUACUGUUGUUGGGUUUGCGUUUUUACCGAGAAUACUUAUGCGCAAACCGAUUUUGCCAUGAAAACCACUUCAUAGGCUUACUCUAAGCCAAUGGUCGACAAACUGUGGGUUACAGAACAUUUUCUAGUCAUCCCCCGAGAAAUUUCAAUUAUGGCAGUGAUACACAAAGUUCUAUGAAUCCAAAGUUACAUAAAGGGUUAUUGUUUAGAUAUCAAACGAUCGUACAUUUUAUUAACUUCAACUAAACAAGGCUAUUUCGUGAUUGAAUUUAAAAAUUUCCAACGAAAUUAUUGGGGUUGAAACCUUUUCCAUUUUACUAUUUGGGCUCACUUAAAAUACUUUGCUCAAAAUACCCCUACUCUAAGCAUUCCCCAACAAUUACCUUUUCGCGCAAAUGGUUUUUUUCUCGCAAAAGUACCACACAUGUUGACGCCACUAUAUUUCUUCUAUUUACACAAUUUUGCCGAAUAUUUUUUACUGUGCUUGUUUUUGUUUAAAUUUGUCUAAAAUUUAAAUUCUUGGCAGUCGGAAUUCCAUACUUCAAUGGCGGUGCUCGGAGUCAAAAUUCAGCCUGAGGUCGGAGUCAAACUCCAUGUCGGAUCAGGGACUAGGCGGAAAUUUUCGAGGGAGGGUUCUGAAAUUUCUAAUUGCUAAGUUAGACCGCGAGACCUAGCAAAGAGUUUUGAGAAUUCAAAAAUCAUUUCAAGCUACGAAAAAUUGCUAUGUGUGAUACAUAAAAAUAGGUGCUCCCGAAGUAUGCGAACCAAGAUGACGGACAUCGGAAUG